GUCAGCGGAAACUGGAAUAGGUUCGAUUUGGACUUGACCACUGACAAGCUGCUAUGAUGAAGCUGGUUCUAUCUGGUCACCUUUUUCUGCUCAUCCUGCUUUGUGUUAACAUAUCAGGUGUGUUUGGGAACAGAAUCAUUGGGGGUGCUGUGGUGAAGCCUAACACCAUCAAGUACCAGGCAUCCCUGUUGUACAGAGACUCCCACUUCUGUGGAGGCACCCUGAUCCACCCACAGUGGGUGGUGUCUGCUGCCCACUGCUGGAGGCCGAAUCAUAUGAUAAAAGUGGUCCUGGGUCAGCACAGUCUUGUUGAAGUUGACGGAUUUGAGCAGAUAUUCAACGUCUCCUUGAUUAUCAGACACUAUAAGUAUAGCUACUGGAUGCUCGACAAUGACAUAAUGCUACUUAAGCAGCUGGACCGUCCAGCUAACAUCAAUACUAUGGUGGAGCCAGUCUCCUUGCCAGAAAAGGACUCCCCCCCUUUGCAAAACCUUGCCCAGUGUACGGUCAGCGGCUGGGGGGUGACCUGGGUUUAUGGCCAAAGCCUGUCCUCUGAACUGAUGUCAGUAAAUGUGGAUUACUUCUCCGACUGCUGGAACUUCUACUACUUCAGGGUCACAGACAACAUGAUCUGUGCCGGCUCUGUUAAUGGAGGGAGAGAUUCCUGUCAGGGUGACUCGGGAGGACCACUUGUUUGUAAUGGCAAAUUUGAAGGCAUUGUGUCCUGGGGCAUCGGCUGUGCCUACGCUUUCUACCCCGGGGUCUACACCAAAGUCCGAAACUACAUCUCAUGGAUCGACUGGGUCAUCCAGAACAGUUAAUGAGGAGGAAGCUCACAGAAGAAAUACUGCUGCGAUAAAUUUGAAACAAAGGACUCUGUUACGAAAGACUUAAAGUUAUGACCACGUCUGGAGCCGAUUAUGUUUUGUAAGUUGUUUUCCUUCCGUGUUCUUCUGGUGAAGGCGGUUUCAGUGACUAACAGACUACAGGAAGACUUAACCACACCCAAAUCAAGAGCAGACUAGUCACAGAGCUUUUCACUGACAGGCAGAUGUCUCCCUGGAAAAUUUCUAUGACUGUGACCAGAAAACGCUGGAAUUUUCUAAAUACUAGCUGAGCUUUGUGAGACAAAGCAGCUCAGUGCUCUGUAGUGUUUUGUUGUCUCUUUCAAGUUUCUAAUAAACUUUUUCAUCUCCUCAGAAAAAAACCCUUCCUAUAUCUCUUCCACAACAACCCAAAGACAGACAGCUGAUACAGCUGUAUUAUCAUCUGAUGAGUUAUUCUAAUGGCACUUUGUAUUUUGUGGUUUUUCUAUAAUGUUUUUCAUGAUCGCAUGUGCCAUAAAAAAACAUGUAAUGGAUUCUGCAACUGGAGUUCAUUUAUCCUUUGAAGCCCAACUUUCUGUAAUGACAUUGAGAUGAAAAAAGUUGUACUUAGAAAUAAAGAUAC